AUGAAACCCUCAUUUAUUCUCUGAUUCACGCGAUGCAAUUGUGUCAUCGUGUCUAACCUUUAUAAAGAAGUUCCACAGUGGUGGUCCAAAAAAAUAAAAGAAACUUUUGACAGGUGCCACCACAAAAAAAAAUGGCAAAAUGUUUAAACUGUGGGUACCUUCUAAUAUUUUUUAUCGUAAAUAUAGUGGCUGCAGAACGAAUAAUAGAUAUGAUUUAUAUGUCCUUUGAAGGUGUUGCUGCUUGUUUUCGUAGACACAAUGGAACACAUCAGUUCGGAUGUUCUUCAAGUAUGUCAGGAAAUGUUGGUAUUAUUCAUUUAGUUGAAGAUGAAACUGAUAUCAGAUGGCUUGAAUACAAUGCUACUGCUGGAGCUUAUACAGUAGUUCUUACAUUUUCUAUGUUUACUAGAGACAUAUUAUUUCGGUUAAAAAAUACACAUAACAUAAAUGGAGUUUUGCUAGUUAAAAAUAUCAGUCAACCACGACCUGACUUUUAUUCUCCAGAAGAUACUUGUCCGAACAGAUACUCAGGAUACAAAAGCUGUAAUAGUGCUUCACCAUGGAAUCCACAUGGAUCUUCAUUACUUAUGGAAGAUUGGCCUUUUCCAAUGUUUUAUACAGAGAAUCAAACACUAAUAGAAGCUGUAAAGUCUUGCUUCUGGAAACAUAAUGCACAUGAUUUAGAAAAUCAACAGCAUAGAUCACUGUGCGCGCUAGAAAUGAAGUCAUUUAUGUUUGCAGCAAUUAACUCUGAAUCUUGCAUAAGACGCAGUGAUUUUAUCUUAAACAUUGAUCCAACACAAUUUUGUGAUCCUUUGGGGGAUAGGAAUAUAUAUUGGCCUUUAGCUCCCUUAAAUAAAGAUAAAAAUUCCAUAAUAUUAGUUACAGCAAGAUUAGAUGCUUCUUCUUUAUUUGAUGGAAUAUCACCUGGAGCAGGCAAUGUAAUUACAGGAUUGGUAACAUUACUUGCUACUGCUUAUUAUUUAAAUAAUUUAGCUAAAGAUACUGUACUGAAUAAUAAAACUAAUGUUGUUUUCUCUUUAUUAAAUGGUGAAGCUUUUGAUUACAUAGGAUCUAGUAGAUUAAUUUAUGAUUUGAAAGAAGGUAAUUUCAAUGCAUUAGGUGGAGUAAAUUUAAAGUUUGAUGAUAUUAAAACUGUAAUCGAAUUUGGUCAGCUAAACAAAGGAAAAUUGUAUCUUCAUUCUAAUAAUGGUCAAAACGAUGAUGUAAUAAACAAAAUAGAAACAGCAUUAAAUGCAACAGUUUUAGAAGGCAGUAUUCCACCUACAUCUAUACAGAGUUUCUUGGAAGAAAAACCAAAUUUAACUGCUGUUGUUAUAAGUGAUCAUGCUCAACAAUUUCAAAACAAAUAUUACAAUGGAAUUUUGGAUGAUGCAAAAAGCCUCAAUUUUAAUAACGACGUAAAUGGGCUUGCAACUGCCUUAGCAAAGAUAGCAGUUCAUGUUGCCGAGAUUCUUUAUGAAGAUGUAUCUGGUAAUCAAAUUCCAUCUGCAAAUUCUUCUUUUCAAGAUGUUGAACAUCGCAUUUCGCAAAUGCUGAUUUGUUACUUGGAAAAUGCUACAUGUGAUUUGUUUCGAGCUGCUUUAUCUCCGAGCACUAAAUUAAUUAAUCAAGUUUUAUCAUUAUACGUUGGUGUACAUAGGGUACCGAAUAUUGCAACAACACUAACUGGUCAACUUCUUGCAUUUUUGACUAGGAAGGAAGUUCCUGUUGAGAAAGAAACAGCAUGUUACGAAAAUCAUCUUGUUUGGAUGGCUGGUGAAAAUUUGGAAGGUUUAUGUGUAAAUUCCACUGUAAAUUAUAGCACAGCUGUAAGUCCUGCAUUUAUCAUUGAUGGGUAUGACAUGAAAUCAGGAAUAUAUUCAACAUGGACAGAAUCUACAUGGCAAACGUUAAGUGUGAGAAUGUUUCUGAAACCUUCAGCGGCUACAGAACGACUUACUAUGAUCUUAGGAGGUUCAGUAGCUGUUAUAUCAUUCUUUCUUGUAUGGUUCAUUAAUUCUCGAGCUGAUAUAUUAUUCAAUUCAAGAAAUUUGUUUUAGAAGAACACUCAACUCCUAGGGAUAUGCUGCGGACCACAUAUCAGUGACCAGGUUGGUUCAUCGAGAAGGUGAAGAUGUUCCAGUGACUAGCCUUUGAAUGUGUAUGUGGUACGCUCUCGGAUAAUUUUUAUACCUCAAUAUCAAAAUAUAUUCCGAUGCCACCGACGUUUAAUUUCAAUGUUAUCGUGAUUUUACACGAUGACUGUGUAAUCAAUGUUUUGCACCUGUUGUUAGUAUAAUGAGAACGAUUUAAAUGUUCUCUUAACAUGUCA